UUGAACGCCCCUCACGUGGAGCUCCGGGCCGGUUCCCCGCGUGUUGCCGUUAACGUUAACGUCACUUUAACGACCCCGACCCUCAGCUCAGCCGCUCACUCUUACACACUCCUACAGCUCCACGGAAACAUUUGACAGCUGUCCCACCGGGGUAGCAGUAGGUCGCCGGACAGACACGUCGCGAAAAGGACAACUCUUUUUUUUUUCUUUCCUCUUAUUGGUUUAAAAAAAAAAAGAUUCACGUUAAUUUGGUCCGUAAAGAGCAAGUGAAGGCGAUGGCAACUAUCGAGAUGACAGCGGAGCUGGAGAAAAUCCUCCUGCUGAUGACACAGCCCGAUAACGAAGCUGUUCAGCAGGCGACAGUGCAGCUGAAGCAGGCGUUCAGAAACCCGGCCAUCAUCCCAGCGCUGUGUGCUGUCAUGAGCGGAUCCCAAAAUCCGCAGAUUCGGCAGUCGGCUACAGUGAUGCUGAGGUUGAGAGUGAAGAAACACUGGAAGAAGAUUAACCCUAAUGACAGAGAGAGCCUAAAAGCAGUGGUAUUGCAAGCCUUCACACAGGAAGCAGAGCACACCGUGCAGUAUUCGCUCUCCCAGCUUUGUGCAGUUAUGGUUAAACAUGAGACACCAGACCGCUGGCCUGCCCUGCUGCAGCUCCUCAAUGAGGCCACCAAAAGUACCAACCCCCAUGACAGACAGGUUGGCCUCCUGCUGCUGAAUAAGGUGAUGGAGUCCAACCCUGAACCUUUCAAGCCUUACUACUGCCAGCUGCUGCAACUGUUCGGUGCUGUGCUACAGGACCAGAACAACCCAACAGCCCUGUACUACUGCAUCCUCACCAUCACAGCUAUAACACCUUACUCUGGCACAGACGAGAUGAAGCCCCUGCGUUCCAUCAUCCCAAAUCUGUUUGUUGCUCUGAAACACCUCAUCAAGGCCAACCAGGACCAAGCCAGUGAGGCCAUGGAAGUGUUAAUUGAGCUUGUGGAGUCUGAGUUGUCCAUCAUCGCUCCUCAUGUAGCUGAGAUUGUCCAAUUCUGCCUGGAGGUGGGGACUGACACAACACUGAUCGACUCUCUGCGUGUGAAAGCACUCUCUUGCAUCACCUUCCUAAUCAAGCUGAAGAGUAAGACUGUACUGAAGUUGAAGCUGCUGGGCCCCAUCCUGCAGAGCAUCUUCCCUAUCUUGACAGCAGCUCCCCCAACUGGUGAACAGGAUCCAGAGGAUGAAGAAGACGACACUGGUGAUGGCACAGAUAAUGAAAACCCCAAGCAGUGCUCUGCUCAGGUGAUCGACACUAUGGCUCUCCAUAUGCCUCCAGAGAAGCUGUUUCAUCACCUUAUCCCCCUGACAAAAACUAGCCUCACCAGUGAAAACCCCUAUCAAAGGAAGGGGGCUCUCAUGUGUCUUGCUGUGCUGGCAGAAGGAUGUGCAGACCACAUACGCAAUACGAUGCUGUCGUCUGUGCUGCACACAGUCUGCCAAAGUCUUUCAGACAACGAUCAGGUGGUGCGCAGUGCUGCCCUCUUUGCCAUUGGACAAUUCUCUGAACAUUUACAGCCUGAAGUGAGUAAGUACUGUGAAGAGUUGAUGCCUUUGCUGCUGGGCUACCUUUCAUCCUUGAACAAGGCAAAGGUUGGCCAUGUCACAAAAGCCUUUUAUGCCUUGGAGAACUUCAUGGAGAACCUUGGAGCUGAUAUUGAGCCCUAUCUUCCUACCUUGAUGGAGACCAUGUUGUCUGCUCUCAACAACGUUGAAAACCUCAAGAUAAAAGAGCUUGCAGUGUCUGCCAUAGGUGCCAUAGCCAACGCUGCCAAGGAGUUGCUGGUUCCCUACUUCCCUCCGAUAAUUGAAAGCCUGAAGGGUUUCCUGACCACCACUACAGAAGAGAUGAGGUCGCUGCAAACUCAGUCUUUGGAUACUCUGUCUGUUCUGGCCCGUACCGUUGGCAAAGAUGUCUUCAGUCCUCUUGCUGCAGAGUGCGUUCAGCUGGGCCUCAACCUCACUGACACCAUUGAUGACCCGGACCUCAGACGCUGCACGUACAGUCUCUAUUCUGCUGUGUCCACAAUCUGCCCUGAAAGCCUGACGCCCCACCUCACCCCCAUAACCACCGUCAUGGUGCUCGCCCUGAAGUCCACUGAAGGCAUCACGGCGCACCUUGAAGAAGACAAGACAUUUCUGCUGCUGGAUGAUUCUGACGAUGAUGACCAUGAAGAAGGGAGUGUCGGCGAGGAUUUUUUGGACGAUGGCUCAGAACCAGAUGUCCAUGAUGUUGCAGGAUUCAGUGUGGAAAAUGCCUACAUUGAUGAGAAGGAGGAUGCCUGUGAAGCCCUGGGAGAGAUUGCGUACAGCACCGGCGUUGCCUUCCAGCCCUACUGGGAAUCCUGUUUCUCGCAGGUGUAUGAAAUGAGAGACUUCCCCCAUGAGGACGUCCGCAGGGCAGCUUUCGCAGCUAUGGGCCAGUUUUGUAGAGCUCAGCACAAAGUUUGGAAGGAGAAUCCCACUGAGGCCAACCACCAGGCCCUCAUAAAGUUACUCGAUGUGGUGAUUCCCUGCUUUGUGGAAACUGUGCAAACGGAGCGUGAGCGCCACGUUGUCAUGGGUAUCCUGGAAACCAUGAACAAUGUCAUCAAAUCCUGCAAGGAGGAAGUCUUUAUUAACCCUUCACGCCUCAAAGAGAUCAGCUGUGUCAUUCGUGACGUUCUUACAAAAAAGACUGCUUGUCAGGGCUUUGGUCAUGAUGAUGCUGAUGAUGAAGACCAACAGGCAGAGUUUGAUGCCAUGCUCCAGGAGUUUGCAGGGGAGGGGAUUCCCUUGGUAGCCUCUUCUGUUCCUGCCGACAGUUUUGCUCCUUUCCUCAAUGAUCUGCUGCCUCUCAUCAUGAGCAAAGCUAAAUCCUCUUGCACUGUGGCAGACCGAUCCUUUUCUCUGGGGACGAUUGGAGAAAUCCUUCAAGCCCUCGUGAGUGUGUCGGGAGGCCGGGGAAUGGCUGGCAAACUGUCCAAUCGCCUGCUUCCUGUGCUGGUGGCUGGAGUAAAGGACAGCGACGCUGAAGUGCGGAACAACAGUGUCUUUGGGCUUGGAUGCCUGGCUGAGGCUGCUGGUCCAAUCAUCGUAUCAGACUACCCCAUGAUGCUGUCAGUGUUUUCUAACAUGCUGUCCAAGGAGUCUGACCUCAGGGUGAUCGACAACCUGUGUGCUGCCCUCUGCAGGAUGAUCCUGAGCAACGUGGACGUGGUCCCUCUGGAGCAGGUCGUUCCUGCUCUGGUGACCCGUCUUCCACUCAAAGAGGAUAUGGAGGAGAACAAGACCGUGUUUAACUGUCUCACUCUGCUUUACAAACACAGCCCAGCCCUGGUUGUGGAGUUAAUGAAGCCCAUCAUUGCUGCUUCCAGUCAUGUUGUUGGCAACAAGGAAGUUGAUAAAGAAACCCAGAACACGUCGCUCUUACUGAUGAAAGAAUUUGCCCAGAACCACGGUGCCGACUUCCAAGCAGCCGUGGCCUCCCUUCCUGCAGAGCAGCGAGCCAAACUCGGUGCAGCCACCGGUGCCUUUUAGCUCCAGCAGCCUUCGUCUUCAGCGAUUCAGCCAAGACGAUGAACUUUUAUACUGUAUGUGGAAAAGGGACGUGUUCCUAGAACGAUCUCAAAACACCACUUCAGCCUUUCAACGAGUUAUUCCUUCAGCAGUUCUGGUUCAAUAUUAUUUAUUUGCUCAUCUGUGUUCUUUUUUUGGAAUUGUUUUCAUUUUAGAAGUUCUGGUUAACAUUUUGUUCUUUGUAAUUGUUUCUUUUGUGAUUUAUUAUUCAAUGCUUAAUUAACUCACUAAUCCCCCCCACUGUUUAAACUCACACGUGGCUUUACUACCACUACAAGGUAAUUUGGUUUCCUGAUGAAUCCUAAUCAUUUUCAUCUCCAUCCCCUGAUUCACGUUCCUACUUACAGGCUGGUUUAUCUGAGGGUGUAACAGCACUUGUGUGCUGGAACACUAGAUCUUUUGUUAUUAAGACAAGCUUUCCCCUUGUGUGUUCAGUUACUGCUUACGUAACUCAUCCUGUGAUGGCUUGCUGCACAAUUUUCACUUUUCAAA